UGGCUUCUUUUCGUAAAUUGUUGAUAUUUGCUAAAUGGACACAAUUUUUAUGAUCAUAAUUCACCUAAUUUAUAGUGUCUAUUAUUGUAAUGCUACUUUAAUGUUGUUGAAUUCACGGAAAAGCUUCAACAACGGGAAAUCAGAGGUUCUUGAAUAAUUAAGACAAUGAGUAAAAGGCGACGCGCGUCUUCGGUGGCAAGUAGAGGUGCUGAUGGUGACGAAAGUGAUGAUGGAAUAGAACUUAGUAAUCCUGGGCCUCCACCAGCACGAAAAAAGAAAAAAUUGGAACCGAGUGAAAUUUGCCAGCAAUUGUAUGAUAUUAUUCGUACAUAUAAGAAGGAGGAUGGUACUUUAUUAUGCGACGCCUUUAUAAGAGCGCCAAAAAGGCGCCAAGAGCCCCAAUAUUAUGAGGUUGUAUCUCAACCAAUUGACUUGUUACGAGUACAACAAAAACUUAAAACAGAUACUUAUGAGGAUAUAGAAGAACUAUCAGCAGAUAUUGAAUUAUUAGUUAAUAAUGCCAAGGCCUUUUAUAAGUCUGAUUCUGAUGAAUACAAAGAUGCCUGUGAACUUUGGAAAUUGUAUUCCAAACAUAGAAUGGCACUUGAAAGUGGUGAAGAAGCUAAAACAAAUAAAUUAUCACGUAACGGUUCCUCCAGUCGGAGAUCAGACAUUGCUGAGGAUUUAUCUGAGACAUCCACUAAUAAUGAGGAAGAAAAUAUCUUUGAAGAACUAUUUAAUGCGGUUAUGAUGGCUAAUAUCGAUGGAAGGCCCUUAUAUACAGCUUUCCAAUUUCUGCCAUCAAAACGACGGUAUCCAGAAUACUUUAGUAUAAUAGAAUCUCCUAUUGAUCUUAAAAUAAUUGCACAAAAGAUUCAAGUUGGCGAGUACUCAAAUUUAAAUGAAUUGGAAAGAGACCUGAUACUUAUGGUCAGAAAUGCGUGUUUAUUUAACGAACCAGGCAGUCAAAUAUAUAAAGAUGCAAAAGCUCUGAAAAAGGUGAUCCACGCGCGCAAGCAGGAGCUGGAGCAGCACGGGCGCAACAAGACGUCGGAGCGCAUCCGCAGCAAGCGCUCGUCGCGCGCCGCGCCCGCGCCCUCCGCGCGCGCGCUCGCCAUCAUGGAGCCGCCCGGACACGACGACGUCUACGUCAAGCAUUCUGAAGAUAGCGGUGACAGUGACGAAGAUAAAAUUGACAACGAGGAUUCUCCGCAGUGGAAACUUCUUGACGUUAUCAGGAAUCACUUAGCACCCAGUGGCUCAGCAAUGGCUAAUCCAUUCUGGAAGCUUCCAUCGCGUCGCGAAUACCCUGACUAUUACAAGGAGAUAAAGAAUCCAGUGUCCUUGAAUCAAAUCAAGAAUAAGAUCAGACGAGGCAGCUAUGGAACAUUGUCAGAAGUGGCCGGUGAUAUGAACAUUAUGUUUGAAAAUGCAAAGCAGUAUAAUGUGCCUUCCUCGAGGUUGUAUAAGGAUGCUGUUAAGUUGCAAAGAUUAAUGCAACAGCGCGUUCAAGAAAUGUUAGACAUCGUUCAGAGCUCAUCAAGUGAUGACGAGAGUCUAUCGUCUGUUAAGAAUCAGGCGCAGGCUAACACCCCGCGACCUAGAGGUCGUCCACGACUCAACCCGAACCCCUCCGCCGCACCAUCGCCUUCCCCCUCUCCGAUCAUUCAAAAAACUAAUCUCCCGCUCAAAAAAAAGCUACACUACAUAUCUAAACAGCUGGUGGAGUUUACAUGUUCAGACGGAAGACAGCCAAUGUUGUUGUUUAUGGAGAAGCCAAGCAAGAAGUUGUACCCCGAAUACUAUAAUGUUAUCGACCGUCCCAUUGAUAUGUUGACUAUUGAAGCAAAUAUUAAGAAUGACAGGUAUAAUAGCAUGGAUGAAAUGGUGUCCGAUUUCCGGUUAAUGUUUUCAAAUUGUCGUCAAUUCAACGAAGAAGGUUCUAUGAUAUAUGAAGAUGCGAAUCUUCUCGAACGCGUCAUGAACGAAAAAUUAAAGGAAAUUAAUAGUAAUUAUGAAAGGAAAACUCCUAUAAAGACAUUCAAAGCAGCUAAGUCGAAACAGUUGUCGCCGUUCGAACAGAAAUUGAGGACAUUGUAUGAUGCUAUCCGGGAUUAUAGAGAUCCAAAAGUAAAUCGGCAGUUGGCCUUAAUCUUCAUGAAGCUGCCAAGUAAAACCGAAUACCCAGAUUACUACGAGCUAAUAAAAAACCCGAUAGACAUGGAGAAGAUAGCUCACAAACUGAAAAAUGGAGUUUACACCGCUGUCAAUGAACUUGCCUCGGACUUCAUACUAAUGUUCGACAAUGCUUGCAAGUAUAAUGAACCGGAUUCGCAGAUAUAUAAAGACGCGCUAAUAUUGCAACGCGUUUGCUUACAAACAAAACAAUUGUUAAGAGAGGAUGAUGAUGCAGUCCCCGACGUUCCAGCAGCGGUGCAAGACCUACUGCUGAAUCUAUUUACAUCUGUGUAUAAUCACCAAGAUGAGGAGGGCAGAUGUUACUCGGACAGUAUGGCUGAACUUCCAGAACACGAUGAAGCGGCUAAUGGAGAAAAAGUUCGCGCUAUUUCCUUGGAUUUGGUCAAACGGAGACUGGACAAGGGUCUGUACAAGAGACUGGACCACUUCCAACAGGACAUGUUUGCGGUUUUCGAACGCGCCCGGCGGCUGUCGCGCACGGACAGCCAGAUCUUCGAGGACUCGGUGGAGCUGCAGUCGUACUUCACGGAGCAGCGCGACGCGCUGUGCCGCGGCACGCUGGCGUCGCCCGCGCUGGCCUUCACGCGCGACACCAUCGCCACCAGCGUCGAGCUCGUCAAGCAGUGCAAGCUGCUGCAGGAGAACGACGAUGAGGACGAGACCAGAUCGAGCACGGACGAGUCGAUGCCGUCUGGUGCGGCGCCCCCCCACAGCCAGUAUGGAAAGGGAGACUUCGUGUACGUACAGCCCGAGAAGGGCAGCAAGGAGCCCUCCGUGGUGCAACUGCAGCGUAUGUGGACCAACGCGGACGGAGUGCCCAUGGCCUACGCGAGCGUCUACUUCAGGCCGCACGAGACGUUCCACGUGCGCACGCGCAAGUUCCUGCAGCAGGAAGUGUUCAAGACGGAGACUCACCGCACUUUGCCGCUCGACCACAUCAUCGGCCGGUGCUACGUCAUGAAUGUCAAGGAGUACUUCAAGUUUAGACCCGAAGGUUACUUGGACAAGGACGUUUAUGUGUGUGAGAGUCGGUACAACAGCAAAAACCGCUGUUUCAAGAAGCUCAAGGCAUGGGAAGGCGCUGAAAAAGAAGCUGCACUUAUACCCCGAGAGAUUCAUCUAGAGCCGAACAGAACGGUUUCAGUAUUCCGUGAACGAGUUGAGAAACAUAAGGAUGAACUCGCCGAAUUGGAAGUUCUGGAAAAUGUUCAAGAAAAGGAGAGACCGGACGUGGUGAUGUACAAUCCGCUGGGCACAGACGACGAGAACACGUACUACGAGCAGUACAACACCGUGUGCUCCGGGGUCAUCAAGACGGGCGACUACGUGUACGUCGUCACCGACGGCGGGAAGCAGCUCAUCGCGCAGGUCGACACCAUCUGGGAGACGGGCGACAACAAAUGUUACUUCCGCGGACCGUUUUUGAUCUUUCCCUCCGAAGUAUCGAACAUUAUUAGCAAGCCAUUCUACAAGCAAGAAGUGCUCCUGACCACCAUGCACGAUACAAGCCCCCUUGUUGGUAUUGUUGGAAAGUGUGCAGUUCUCGACUAUGACGACUAUCUCAAAUGUCGGCCCACCGAGAUAUCGGAGAACGAUGUAUACGUUUGCGAGUCCGUGUACGACGAGUCCAAUCGCAUCGCGAGAAAACUCAAGUCCGGUCUGCGGAAGUUUGAGCACACGAAGGACGUCACUGUGGACGAGAUAUACUACUUCCCCAAGCAACUUGGUCCGCCAGCUCUCGCCUCGGCUCAGGACGUGCAGACGUCGUCCAGCGCCUUCGCCCAGAAGCCGUUCAACCCUAACGUUAACGCGGACUCGAUGGAUGGCAAGCCACAGUUCACAAAUCUCAUCAACACCACAAUCGGUAGCCAAGAUGUUGAAAUGAUUCUGGAAAAUUCUCUCGACGACUCGUCACUGGCGUCGCCGGCCACUCCGCUGUCUAUUGGUGGUAACAGCAAUCCGUACAAUCCGUCAAUGACGCCGUCCAGUCAGGAGCGAUCGAGCAGCCAGACGACUGCGACACCAGCCAGCAGCAAGAAGAAGAAGGAACAGAAACAGAAGAUCGUCACCGGAUACAUUCUCUAUUCGAGCGAAGUACGAAAAGCGAUUGUGGCGAAUAAUCCAGAGUCAACAUUUGGCGAGAUCUCCCGCAUCGUGGGCAACGAGUGGCGCUCGCUGCCCGCCUCCACCAAGCAGAGCUGGGAGGAGCGCGCCGCGCGCUGCAACGAGGAGACCGCCGCGCGCCUCGCCGAGGAGAUGCGCGAGCUGUCGCAGCACAUACCAAUGGAAAUGACGUAUGAGUGUGCGUGGGACACGUGCGAUUAUCAGUUCGAAGACCUCGCCGAUUGUAUGGAGCAUUGUAUAGGAGACGGUGGUAACAUGAUUGGAACGUUUAUCGAAACUAAGAAGACUAAGUUAGAACCGGGUCACGUUCAGCAACACUACCGCUCAGGCGGCUCCAGCGCCAGUGGCAGCGGGAGCGGGAGCGGAAGCGGCAGCGGCAACGAGUACCCGUGUCUGUGGCGUAAUUGCGCGCGGGUGAGGAAGGGACAGGCGCCUUUCCCCAACCUGCCGCGACUGCUGAGGCACGUGCGCGACCUGCACGUUAACAAAGGCAACGGACGGAUGAUGGCGGUGCACGAACGCUCUCGAAAUUACGUUCUCUCUUCUAAGAAACCGCCGAAGGUAUACUCGACUACUUUCCGUAGCGGCCUGAUGUCUCCAGGAGGCAUGUCCCCGAUGGCGCGCAACACGCCGUCGCCGGGCGCGGGCGAGGCGGCGCGGCCCGGCCUCGAGCCGCUCUUCGUGCACGCGCCGCCGCGCGCGCAGCGCGUCACGCACUCCGAGGCCUACAUACGAUAUAUCGAAGGUCUUCAUUCAGAGCAGAAGUAUAUUACGCCGUGGGAGAAAUCCCUCACACCGAUGCCGGCCAACCCGGACCCGUCUCACUUCAAUAUGCAGAAGCUACCUUCUCACUGGAUCACCGAGGAGGCAGUCAACGGUUACUUACAACAGGAUAAAAAUCUCUCUGAAACUGAUGUACAGAAAAUGGAUCAAAAUACAAAGAUACUGAAAGGACUGUGUGCACUCCGAGAUUUUAUGAUGAGAGAUGCGUUAUCUAUAUAUAAGAGCUACUGAUAAUAUAAAGUAAUAUAAAAUAUUUAGUUUAAAAAUCAUGUAUUGACGAUUUAAAUAAAAACUUUUUAUUAAUGAAA